UGCGUAGGUGUGACGUCAUCCAGUUUUCGUCUCGUUCUCGCUUCGGUUCGCAGAUCCGAGCAGCUAGCUAGCUUGCCGACAGCUAACUGACGUUAGCCGUGUUUCUUUAUUUGUCCACGGUUCGAAAGACUCCGUUAUUUCACGCUCCGUUUUAUUGUGUGUUUCAUCAGGAAAGUAUUUCCCGCCACAUCCCUCUCCCCGCCCGGAGAAGAACACUGAGCCAUGUACAAUGGGAUUGGCCUGACGACUCCCCGGGGAAGCGGCACCAAUGGCUACGUGCAGCGGAACCUGUCCAGCCUGCGGGUCAAACGCCCGCGGGACGAGCGCGGCGGCGAGCGGGACGAGAAGGACCGCGAGCGGCUGGAGAGCCAGCUCAACAGACAGCCCAACGCCGACAUCCUGGAGCACCAACGCAAGAGGCAGCUGGAGGUCAAGUGUGCCGAGCUGCAGGACAUGAUGGAGGAGCAAGGGUACUCGGCUGAAGAAAUUGAGGAGAAAGUGAACACUUUCCGCAUGAUGCUGCAGGAGAAGCAGGAGCCGGCUCCUGUCACCUCGGACAGACCAACGGCCACAGAGACUCACGCUCUGGCCGCGGCCAACCAGCAGAAGAACGACCGCCUCCGCGCCGCCUUCGGCAUCUCCAGCGACUACGUGGAUGGCUCGUCCUUCCACGCCGACCGCAAGGAGAGAGAGAAGGAGAAGAAGGAGCAGGAGCGCCUGGAGAGGGAGAGGCAGCAGAAAUACACGUUGGUGGAGGAUUCCGAUCAUUCUGAUUCUCCUCCCAAGAAGCGCAGUCGGAAGAAGAAAAAGAAAAACAAGAACAGAGACAGCUCAGAGAGUCCGUCCCCGUCUCCUCGACGAGAGAAGAAGAAAUCCAAAAAGAAGAAGAAAAGUGGGAUGUCAGGAGAGGAGGAAGGAGGAGAAAGCUCUUCAGAUGAGAAGCAGAAGUCAAAGAAGAAAACAAAGAAGAAUAAAAGUCCUCCGGUGCGACAUAGAGGCGCCUCCUCCAGCUCCGCCCACAGUCAGUCUCCAGCGCCGCUGAGAUCACGGCAACCGGACCAGACAGUAAGGACAGCUGAUGAGGGGAGAAAGGGGAGAUCCCCAGAGAGGAGGCGACCUCAUCAGGGAGGAGAAGGGAAGAGGUCCGAUCAUGGGAGAGAAAAGGAGAGGCCCUCCAAGAGGAGACAUGACUCCUCAUCCCCUUCUCCACCACCGCAGGCAGAAAAAAACAGGGAGAAAGGGAGGCGAUCCAGGAGCAGAGAGGUGGAGAAAGGGAGGCGAUCCAGGAGCAGAGAGAUGGAGAAAGGGAGGCGAUCCAGGAGCAGAGAGGUGGAGAAAGGGAGGCGAUCCAAGAGCAGAGAGGUGGAGAAAAGGAGGCGAUCCAAGAGCAGAGAGGUGGAGAAAAGGAGGCGUUCAAGGAGCAGAAACAAAGAGCAGGAGAAGGGAAGGAGCCCUGGAAGCAGAGAGGUGGAGAGGGGGAGGCGCUCCAGAAGCAGAGAAAAGAGGGACAAGGGGAAGGAGAUUGCUCCUCAGAGGGCCAGGCAUGACUCCUCCUCAUCCCGUUCUCCUUCUCCUCCUCCUCCUCCCCCCCCAAAACCUGAGAUGAGGGAGAGGAGCAGAGACACUGCACAGGAAAAAGACAGGAAUAAACAGGACAAAAAGAGACGUGACUCGUCAUCCCCCUCGCCUCCCCCUGUGAGGGAGAGGAGAGAGAGGAGCGCAGAGAGGGAGCGGAGGACUGAGAGAGGUCCGGACUCCCGGUCAACCAAUGAAACCAGGAGAGACGCUGGCAGGAGGCCUGAGAAAGAGGCGUCUCCUUUCAGGAGGAGGGACGCAGGACAGACCUCACCUGUCUCCAAUGGCUGCCUGAGAGGGAAGGAGGACGAGAGGAGGAGGGGAAAAGACAGCGAGAGCAUUAAGGAGAAGGAGCGGCCUCCCAACAUGCAGCGGCAACAAGAGGGCGGCAGAAAGAGAGACGAGGAGGUGCGCCCUACUGCAGAGAGCAGGAGAGACGGUGCGAGAGGAGCGAGAGCGGAAAUAAGCGAGAAGACGAGGAGCCCAGUGAGGAAGGAGACGCAGCGGGAUGACAAGGAGAAAAGGGCUGAGAAGAAAAGGGAGAGCAGCAGCAGCAGCGGGAGCAGCAGCAGGAGCGAUAGCAGCAGCAGCAGCAGCGGUAGUGACAGCGAUAGCUCCUCCUCCUCCUCCUCCUCCUCCUCCGCCUCCUCCUCUUCCUCAUCCUCCUCUGAAGAUGAGGGCAAGGCGAAGAAAGACGGGUCCGACGCGACAGAAAAAGCCCCCCCGGCUGCCGUUAGAGCUGCAGUAGAACGGUAUCUGGCCAACGGUCGCAAAGCGAGCCCGGCGUCUGCUCCCGAUGGGGGGGGGCCUCCCCCCAGCCAGAGGAGGAGAGAUGACAAGCGGGACAAGGGGAGACCGCCUGCCGAGGGCAACAAAGGCCAGGAGCGCUACAGCCCCACACAGAUGGACAGCCCCACUCCUCCCCCGUCCAACAGACCAGAGCCCGGCAGGUCCUCCCCCCCCGAGGCCCACGCAGACAGAACCAGGGGGGACAGGGACACAGCCAGGAGGCCUGCAAGGUCCAGCCCCUCAGCCAGGAGGUCACGCUCUCCGUCCCCAAAAAACAACACCACCACCUCCCCACCACGUCGGACACCUCCCCGGCAGUAUCAGGAACCCCCGCCCAGAUCCAGGAGAGCUUCUCCUCCUCCUGCCUGGUCAGACAGGGAGAGGCAGAGGGACAGAGUGAGGGAGCGGGACAGGGACAGGGAGAGGGACAGGGACAGGGAGAGGGACAGGGAGCGGGACAGGGAGCGGGACAGAGAGAGGGACAGAGAGAGGGACAGGGAGAGGGACAGGGAGCGGGUUACCGGCAGAGGUCGGUCCAGAAGCCCCAGAAGGCGCAACCGGUCGAGGUCUAGAAGUCCAAGGAGGCAAAGCCCCCCCAACAGGCCGCGGCGCUCCGCCUCCCCACAGCGGCGCCGGAGGAGCAGUCGCUCGGCCUCCAGAGAUCUGGCGAGAGAACGGGAACCCGAGAGGAUCCGUCCGAGGGAGCAAGAGAGACAACGGGUGAAGGAGCCUCUCCCCCCGAAAGAGGCUCCGCAGCCCCACAGGUCCUCUUCCUCAUCGUCCUCUUCCUCUUCGUCCUCGCCUUCGCCGCAGCGAGAGAUGAAGGAGGCCAAAGCCCCGCUGGACGAGGACGGGAAGAAGAAGAAAGAGGACGGAGGGCAGAAGGUCGGUCCUCCCAGAGACUCCUCCCACAACCCAGUCUCAGGUAGUAGGAGCUCCCAGUCGGACUCCAGGCGCUCCGACGCCCCCCCCAGGAAGUCUCCUCCGGACGCCAAGCCAGGGACGACCCCCCCGCCGCCGCAAGCACCGGCGAGGAGCGAGCGGGCCGUGAACGGAAAGGAGGCGAGCGGCAACAAGAAGGCCAACCAGAGCAGCAGCUCCUCCUCCUCUUCCUCCUCAUCUUCCUCAUCGUCAUCAUCAUCAUCCUCCUCCUCCUCCUCGUCCUCCUCCUCUUCAGACAGCUCCGACUCCGAAGAGGAGCAAGGGAAAGGGAAGACGAUCAAAGCUCCGAGUUCUGCUUCGUCAUCCGAGAAUGAAAAGGAACCCAAGAAGAAGAAGAGCCCCGCCCCCCCUCCCAGGGUUCCCGCUGAUUCCCUGAGGGACUCCCGCUCACUCAGCUACUCGCCCCCGAAGUACCUGAGAGCAGCGCCGCCUUCGCCGAGCCGCAGGAGCGGCAGCAGAGCGUCACCGAGCCGCUCGGCAGGCGGCAGGCGGAGGAAAUGAGGCGCGUCGCCGUGCGUCCUCCCUCCCUCGCGGCCACGGGUCAGUAGGUGAACCCUCCGCGUGGCUCACGACCCGAACGAGUCCCCGACAACGUUCCACGAUGUUCCUGCAUACUUGUACUGUUAGUUGCGUUCGACCUGUAGAUAUGAGCGGCCUGUAUUUUGGUUCUUAUCAUGUAACGGGUUCAACUUUCCAUUCGAUGUGAGCAGAAUAUGAAAUGUGAUUAAUUUCUUUGUUGGAAAUGAUUAAUAAAAGACAAUUGUACAUUUUA